AUGGUUGACGAGCUCGCCCCGCCUCGCAAGAGCGUAGAGCUCGAGGACCCUGGUGCGAAGGAGCUUGCCGACUCAGGCGAUGAGCACUUCUCCGAUGCAUCAGAGGGCAGAGUGCACGAGAAGAGCCUCGACAAGGGUCUUGAGCAGAGCAGGGCCGAGGCCACAUCGCCCAUCCCCAUCACCCGCGUCGAGCGUGUAGACGACGAGCCUGCCCACGGCGAGGUUCCUGGCACCGCUGCCUACAACAUGCGGACGCAGGACGCCGUGCCGGACGAGGUAGAGAUUGUCCCAGACGGCCAGCGCAGCCGCAGUGCCUCGCGCGUGAGCGCCAGUGAUCGACCCCUCACGCCAGGAGGCACGCCCAUGAGCCCCAUCCCCAAGACGGUCGUGGAGAAGAUCGACCCGGACCAGCCUGGCCACGGUGACGUUCCAGGAACACUCGCCCACCAGCAGCGCCUCGCCGAUGCCACGCCUGACAUCAUCGUCAAGGCGCCCGAGCCUCCGAAGCGGGACAACCAAGGGUCGCCAACUGCCUCCAUUGAUAGGUCUCCAAUAAACGACGACGACGACGAUGCCGCCAACCAAGUCGUCCCAGUGGAAACAGACGAGUUUCCUGAAGAAACAGACAACCAGACACACGACCAGAUAAAUGACCAGACAGACGACCUUUCAGACCCCGGCGACGCAGAAGAAGACGAUGGGUUCGGCGACUUUGACGAAUUCGAAGAGGGCGGCGAGGGCAACGACGAUUUUGGGGACUUCGACGAUGGGUUUCAGCAAGGCGAGGAACAGGCAGAGACUACAUUUGACAGCCCCCAAAUUCAAAAUCCCGUACCCGCUCCUCCACCAGCACCACCAGGUCCCCCUGUCCUCGACUUUGCCCAGCUCAGCUCGUUGGAAGCCAUUGUUGACGCAACCCAACCCUACAUGAAUGAGAUUUACCCAUGCCCACAUGACUUGCCCACCCUAUCCACUACCGCAGACACUCGCUCCAUCUUCCACUCUGAGCGGAGCCACUCGCUAUGGACUCAGCUUGUUGCGCCGCCACCGCUGCAGCCCCCAGACUGGGUCCGUUCUAGGAUACGGCGGCUGUUCCUCGUCUCGCUUGGCGUGCCCGUCGAUCUCGACGAGAUCCUGCCUGCGUCUAAACAGAAGAAGCUGAUCCUGCCUUCGAUCCACAUCCCAGGCGACAAGUCACCGCGCCCGUCCUCGGACGGCCGCAACCCCAACGCACUGGACCGCGUGAAGCGAGAGAACACAUCCAACACAUCUGUCGACUCGUCGAAAUCAAGGACAGAGAGGCCGAGGAGAGGCCCGCCGCCACCCCCGGAGUUGGACCUCAGCGCCACGUCGAUGCUGUGCGCGACGACCGAGGCAGCGCUGCUCCAUUUCACAGACGACGAGCUGCAGAUCCACGUCGAUCACCUCAAGGGCCUGCAGCUGCGGGCGGAGCAGGUGUUUGCGUACUGGCAGAAGCAGCUGGAGAGUGCACUGGGCGACAAGGACGCUUUCGAGCAGGUUAUUGAGAGCUUGGUCGCGCACGCGAAGAAGCUCAGGGAGUAG